UUCCUUCUACGUUUUGCACUUUUUUCCUGUCCUUCUGUCUUUCCUUUGAGAGCACAGACAAAGAAGGAAUGUGCGAUCCCGUCAAUAAAUCUUACUUCUUCACUUGAUUUGGUUUUGACAGAGAGUAGAAGAACUCCAGAUUUUCUCUCCUGUCUUAUUUCCCUUCUGCGGCUUGCUUCACCCUAAAAAGAAAAAACUGAAAAAGAAGCGUUCUUAGCUUACGUUUAGGGUGUAAGUUUUUCUCAUCUGUUACGGCUGCUUCUGACGAGUGAGUUGAACUGCAUUGGACUUCAAACGCUGCGUUUUCGGGUUUGAUAGGAAAGUAGUAAUUUUUCGUUGUUGAAGCAAAUACAUGGCCACUCUAAAUGAUAUUGGAGUUGCAGCAGCUAUCAAUAUUCUCAGUGCAUUUGCUUUCUUUUUGGCAUUUGCAAUUCUUCGGAUUCAACCUGUGAAUGACAGAGUCUACUUCCCAAAAUGGUAUCUGAAGGGCUUAAGGAGCAGUCCUUUAGCAAAUGGUGCAUUUGUAAGCAAGUUCGUGAAUUUGGACUUCAGGUCAUAUGUGAGGUUUCUGAACUGGAUGCCUGCCGCACUCCAAAUGCCGGAGCCUGAGCUGAUUGACCAUGCUGGAUUGGAUUCUGCUGUUUACUUGAGGAUUUACAUGUUGGGGCUUAAAAUUUUUGUUCCUAUUGCAUUCUUAGCAUUUACGAUCAUGGUCCCAGUUAAUUGGACCAAUAAUACCCUGGAGCGUUCGAGUUUAACAUACAGCGAUAUAGAUAAGCUCUCUAUAUCAAAUAUUCCAACUGGAUCACGUAGAUUUUGGACGCAUUUGGUAAUGGCUUAUGUAUUUACGUUUUGGACAUGCUACGUGUUGAAACGAGAGUAUGAGAUAGUGGCAGCAAUGAGAUUACAUUUUCUAGCAUCAGAGCAACGGCGCCCAGACCAGUUCACAGUACUGGUUAGAAAUGUCCCACCUGAUCCUGAUGAAUCAGUUAGUGAGCUUGUCGAACAUUUUUUUCUUGUCAAUCAUCCAGAUCACUAUCUCAGUCAUCAGGUUGUUUAUAAUGCUAACAACUUUUCCAAAUUGGUCGAUGAGAAGAAGCAAAUUCAGAAUUGGCUUGACUUCUAUCAAAAUAAAUAUGAAAGGAAUCCAUCUAGGAGACCUUCACUGAAGACUGGUUUCCUUGGCCUUUGGGGUAACAGCGUGGAUGCAAUUGACUUUUAUACAUCCAAAAUUGAGAGAUUAUCUAGAGAUAUAUCUGCCGAGAGAGAGAAGGUUACUAACAACCCUAAAUCAAUCAUGCCAGCAGCAUUUGUUUCCUUUAAAACUCGAUGGGGAGCUGCUGUUUGUGCACAAACUCAACAAUCUAGGAACCCAACAAUAUGGUUGACUGAGUGGGCUCCAGAGCCACGAGAUGUGUACUGGGAAAACCUGGCAAUUCCAUUUGUUUUUCUCACAAUUCGGAGGCUCAUUGUUGCUGUUGCAUUUUUCUUCCUUACAUUCUUUUUCAUGAUUCCUAUAGCAUUUGUACAAUCCCUUGCUAACAUAGAAGGCAUUGAGAAAGCACUUCCCUUCCUGAAACCUAUAAUUGAAAUGAAAGGCAUAAAGUCAUUCAUUCAAGGUUUCCUUCCUGGGAUUGCUCUGAAGAUAUUUCUUUUAUUUCUGCCUACUAUAUUGAUGAUAAUGUCAAAGUUCGAAGGUUAUAUUAGCCUAUCGGCUUUGGAAAGGAGAUCUGCGAGUAGAUAUUAUUUCUUCCAAUUUAUUAAUGUUUUUCUUGGGAGCAUAAUUGCCGGAACUGCGUUUCAGCAACUAAAUAAUUUUAUCCACCAGUCUACUAAUCAGAUACCAAAGACAAUUGGUGUCUCAAUUCCAAUGAAGGCAACAUUCUUCAUUACCUAUAUAAUGGUUGAUGGUUGGGCUGGAGUUGCUGGGGAGAUACUGAGAUUGAAACCCUUAAUAAUCUAUCACUUAAAGAAUUUCUUCUUGGUUAAGACUGAAAAGGAUAGGGAAGAGGCAAUGGAUCCCGGAACCAUUGGUUUCAAUACAGGCGAACCUCAAAUACAACUUUACUUCUUACUAGGUCUUGUUUAUGCUGUGGUGACUCCUAUCCUGCUUCCUUUCAUAAUAGUAUUCUUUGGCUUGGCUUAUGUCAUAUAUCGUCAUCAGAUCAUAAAUGUCUACAAUCAGGAAUAUGAAAGUGGAGCAGCAUUCUGGCCUGAUGUUCAUGCACGUAUCAUUGUUGCAUUAAUAGUCUCACAGCUGCUACUGAUGGGAUUAUUGAGCACAAAAGAAGCUGCUCAGUCAACUCCAUUGCUUAUCACACUUCCUGUAUUGACCAUAUGGUUCCACAGAUUCUGCAAGGGGCGUUAUGAACCAGCUUUUGUCAGAUAUCCAUUACAGGAAGCAAUGAUGAAGGAUACAUUGGAGCGUGCAAGGGAACCAAACCUGAACUUGAAAGGAUUCCUUCAGAGUGCGUAUACCCACCCGGUUUUCAAAAGCGCAGAUGAUAGUGAAAGUGAUAUAACAAUGGAAGAGUGGGAACAGGAACCUGCCCUCAUCCCAACAAAGCGCACGUCUAGAAGGUGUACUCCGUUGCCUAGUAAACAUAGUGGAUCCUGAAGUUAAAGAUGAAUGUUCAAAACCUUAGAAAGAGCAUUAUGGUUAGAUGAGUGGUUGGAUUCCCUUCACCCCCGGCCCCUAAUGGAAAAAUCUGUGAAAAUUCUGAUACAUUGUAAAUGAGUAGAGCAAAGUAGAAACGCUUUGUUACGUAGAGAAGAACAAAGUGAAGGAAACAAGAAUUAACGAAAGCAAUGAAUAGUGACUUCAUAAGUUUGGACAGCUUGGUGU